AUGGGGAGGUUUGUAAAAUGUGUUGGGGUAUUGGGGAUCAUGGUGAUAGCCAUGGCAAUGGCUGCUGUGAUUGCUGAAGGACGGAAACUCGAGAAAGAUACUUUUCUUGGUGGUAGGGGAGGGUUUGGAGGAGGAGGAGGAGGAGGAGGUGGUGGUGGUGGAGGGUUCGGUCAUGGAGGUGGCGGGGGAUUUGGUGGUGGUGCCGGAGGUGGUCAUGGCGGAGGCAUCGGUGGUGGGAUGGCGGGAACCAAUUCAUCUUCCAGUUCGUCAGCUACCCUGUCCAGCCCUAUGGUUUCCGUAGAUAGCUCGUGGGAACCCAGCCUGAGAGACUGGGGAUACACUUCCGAUGAAACUGAUCCGAACGUGAUAAUGGCUAACCAUAUGACCCCCGACUCACCGGAGGUCGAACCAGUAGAAGUUGUUAUGGUCGAUUCAUCCGAGUCUGAGCUUGAGGAUCUCGUGGUAGAAGUUCUCCUAGUUGAGUCAUCGCCUUCAAUCAUUAUGAUUUCAUCCGACCCCUCCGACAUGGAGUCCGUUGUAGCCCAGUUUCCUAGUGAUGACCAGAGACUUGCCCCCUCUGUGGGUGAGUCGAGUAGCCUAGGCAUUGGUCCAGAUCUUGACCUUGAAGGAUGGGGGACUAGCGGCAUAGAUCCAGAUCCAAUGUCCAAUUCUGUUGAUAGCCAAGACUCAGAGGAAACUGAACCAACAGAGGAGAAGUCUAGUUCCAACAGCUCCUCUUCUUCAGGGAAAUAG